AUGGCCUUGCGCUGCACCGACGCCGGCACCCCACCGCCGCCCGCGGCGCGGCAGCCCGCGUUGGUGCCGGUUCGCGAUGCGUGGCUGCCGGUGGCGCCGGUGGCACCUGCGCCAGAGGUGAAAGCAGAGGCGAUCCUGGAGCUCCUGCAGAGCAUGGAGCCAAUGGAUGCGGAGCUGUUGCGUGCCACCCGCUGGCAUGCCGUCUUGAACUGGGCUGGGUAUGUCUUCCGUGCCGGGCGCCACAAGAACUUCUACCGCCACAGCUUCAUCACAGAGAAGUUUGAUCAAUUCAUUUCUCACAGCUGGCACGGGAAGUCCUGGCAGAAGAUUUUGCUCUUGAUGGUCAUGCAGAAUGGUUUGCCUGCUUGCAUCUUUGGUACGCUGAGUGCCUUUGCCAUGGCCCUGGUCUGGCAACUGGAGUGGUCUGGUCUGCCGGGCUACCAGAUCGCUGCGAACGCCGACGCUGAACAUGUAGUGGUCUCGUUCUGGUCCUUGUUCGCGGGACUUCUGAGCACCAUGGUGAUCCUGGUGCUUUGGAGGCCUCCGGGCAACGUGUUCUUGGAUCGUGUCUGCAUCAAUCAGUUCAACCAGGAUCUGAAGGUCAUGGGGAUCAUUAGCUUGGGCGCGAUCCUCAAACGCUCGGACUCCAUCUUGGUGGUCUGGGAUGAAAACUACGUGGAGAGACUAUGGUGUCUCUUCGAACUGGCAGCAUUUCUGAAAACCCAUUUGCCAGAUGAGGGCCGCAUCCAGGUGAAACCGGUGGGAUUCGGAUCCGUUUGCUUUCUGGCCAGCGCCACACUCUCAGUCUUUGCUGUCUACGUCUUGUUCACGGGCGAGGUGGAGGCCUACGUCUUGUGGACGUUGAGAGUCUUGGGAGUUCUCUGCACCUACAUCUUUCUCAAGCUGACUCGGCAUCACUUCGACAGCUGGGACAGUGCCGAUCGGCGGCUCCGCGCUUUCGAGUUGAAAGGGGCCAAGUGCUGGUGUUGCAGUGUGAAGCAUGUGGACCCGGAUGGAAAACCUGUGGAGAUUUGCGAUCGAGAAGUGGUGGUGAAGUGUGUUAUCAGCUGGUUCGGCUCUGUGGCGGAGUUCGAGGAGUGCGUGCAGAGCUCGGUGGCCAAAGCGUUGGCGGAGAACCAGGGCACGGAGACUUCCUAUGCUUCGAAGUUAGGACAGGACUCCUUGCGAGCACAAGCACCCAUCUUGGCGCUGCAGUUCGUGGCUUGCUGGCUUUGGUGCAUCCCCAGCUGCAUCAACUUGGCGAUGUUCUUGGCCAGAAGCGCUUCCAGGGUCAGGCCUGCUUCGUUGCAGCGCUUCGCGAAUAUCGCGCGGAGGAAGGCGGAAGACGGACUACGUAGAGCCGCCCCGGUGGCUUUUGGAGCACCCCUUAGGACGUCCGAUCUUUAUGAGGUGGUGCUUUUCCAUUAG